AACAUAAUGGCGGGAAAUAAGUGGUGUGUGAUGGGUUGUGCUUUUUCUUUUUGUUAGUUUGCGAGUCUGAUUUGAUGGGAGUUUCUUAAUUGCAUUUAAUAUAAUUCUACAAGGAAGUUUUAAAUUCGAGGAAGUAUAUAUAGAAGUACUGGCGUCCUAUUUACUUUAGAAUAGUUAGCCAGCUCGCUAAAUAUGGAUAUUAAUGAAGGAGAAAAACAUAAUGCAGACUUUCACAUAGCAGACAUUUUGAUUGAAGUAUUUGAAGUGGCUAUUAAUUUAAUAUUAUAUGUCCGCAACAUUUAUCCAGAUGGUAUAUUUCAACGAUUUCAAAAGUAUAACAUCGGUGUUAUGAUGAGCACACAUCCAAAAGUUAAUGAAUAUAUCAAAGAUUUAUUAGAAACUAUAAAACCAUACAUUUCCAAGGGUGAAGUUGAGAAGAUUGUUGUACAAAUUACUAAUAAUAAUGGUGAUCCUGUGGAGAGGUUUUGUUUUGACAUGCAGAUUUCAUCUUCUGACAGCAAACAGUGUUAUUUUGACAUGGAAACACAUUUGAGAGCAUUACUGCUGAAACUUAACACUUGUGAAGCCAUGCUUAAGCCAUUGCCAAAAGGUAUCAGAUACUGCUCAUUUCAAGUAUUAGCAUAUACGAAACAAUCAGUUUUAAAGAAUAUGGAAGAAAAAUCUGAUUUUCAGAACUUUCCUUGGAUUGUAACUGAAAAUAAAUGCAGAAGUUCACCUGAUGACAACAUCAUUAUUCCAAUUCGUUCUUGUGCUACUGAAGUCUUUGUGUUACAAUGCUACGUAGAAGAACGACAACAGAAGCUCGAUGCUUAGAUCACCGAACGCUCGUAACCUUAAUGAUAUCGCAAAAGAUGAGAAGCAGAACGAAACUACAGAGUUUAGCAUCAAAUUGUAUUUACAAAUAAAACAAUAAAUUAAAGGCGUUUGUUGUCAUCCAUCACCAUGGAGAUUGCAUCA